CCUGGUACCUUUUUCUUUCCAUUUCUGUAUUUUCUCGUUCUAAUCCAAUUUCUUUACGCUAAUAAUACCCUAAUUUGAUGGGUGUUCUAUCAUGAUAUAUAUAUAUAUUUAGUAAUAUCAGACAUAUAUAUUUGUUCAUGGACAUGGUCAUAAAGAUCUCUUAAGUGUUUCGAUCUAUUCUUCUUGUCGUGUUUGUUGCUUCAGGCUUUGCACGUGACAACCAAAAAAUGAAUAGGUGCGGAGACAUCUCUGCCUUUGAUGGAGUUGUUUGCCCUAAGCCUCGCCGGCGUGGGUUCUUCAAUUUUUCCUAUGUUCCCGCCGACGAACCCAGCAGAGGAACUGAGCUUCUGGAUAUAAUUCUCACCAAGGGGAGCUAUGAUGUGGAGAAUACCAAUUUUGAGCUAGCUUCAUCUCCGCCAUUCGUUUUUGGGUCUCCGCCCACCAGGGCUUCAAAUCCCCUGAUUCAGGAUGCUCAAUUCAGCAACAAUAACAACAAUUUUGUUCCUAUACUAGCAAUUCCAGAAGGAGCAGCUGCACCUUCACCACCAUCCUCCUUUACCUCCACCUCCACUCGUGGCCGCGUUCUGGUGAAGUACGGGAACAAGCAAGCUGCUGUGAGGAUUGAAGGCUUCAAUUGCUGCAGCAGCAUCUCUGCUGUUGCUUAGGUAAAUUCUGUCGCAGAGAUGAUGAGAAAACAACCACAACAAAGCAAACGACGUAAAAAUGUGAGAUUUUUGGGGAAAGGUGAAAAACCAAACCAAUUUCGUUUUGGCCUUGUAUAUAUAGAGUGAAAGAAAAUGAGUUAUAUUUUCCAGUCAUUCAAAUCCUGUUUGUGAAUAUGUUUAUUAGGUGAUGAAUGAGUGUUCAUUUGAUACCGGAAAAAUAAGUAGUAAAUUGAGUAACCCAAAGAGGAGAGAUAGGCCAAUUGAUUGUCCUCUUUCCUUUGGGAUUUAUUAGGGUUCUUUUUUAGAAUUAGGCCAAGUUAUGUGUUGGGAAUGUAAUGUAGUGUGAGAGUCUCAAAGGAGAGACUUAAUCUUUGUGACUUAAAAAGUUUGUCACUCUAUCCUAAUUGUAAUCCGAAGGAGAGCAGAAGAUAGUCUUGUUAGACAAAUUUUAUUCAUAUUGUGUUUAUACUACGGCUAGUGGUAAUUUCUUUUUCAGUAGUGCUACUGAUUUCUUUAUACUUCUGCUGUAUGAUAGUAGCUAGGAAGCACGUGCAAUGAGCUUCUUUUUUCAAGCUUUGAUAUCAACAAUGUAAUUGUAGUAUUGUUUUACAUAUAGCUUUAUGGAAAGUCCAUUUAAUGGCGUUAUUAUCGCCAUUACUAUGUGAUUCUGCUGA